CGCUGCAGCGUGUGGCUGCUCCUGCUCCUGCUGCUCCUGCUGCAGCCUGCGGUCCUGCCCGCCCGGCUCUGCGAAGCCCCAGGGCAAGAGGCCGUGCUGCGGGCUCUGAGCUCCCGGCUGCUGGCGCUGGCUGCGGAUCCUGAGCGGGACCCUGACCCCAGUGUGUACCUGGCGCUUCGCCUGGCCGGGGAGCACGACCUGCGCCGGGAGCAGCAGUACCUGGAGCGGCUGCAGGACGCCUUCCAGCACCGCUAUGGCCGGAGCCUGCAGGCAGCUGGAGAUCCCCAGCACCAUGCUGCAGACAGUGAGCACAGCACGAGCACUGAUGUGGAGUGGCUGGAGACGGGGCGGCUGGCGCUGUACCUGCUGGGGCUGAGGGCCACGUGUUCCCCGCUGGAGCACAAGGCGCUGCGCUCACUGGUGACGUGGCUCAAGUACUACCUGGAGGAGGACUGGGCAGGCUCCCGGCGGCACGGCCACCCCAUCACCAGUUACUACCAGUACAGCCUGGGCGUGCUGGCGCUGUGCGUGCACCACAAGCGGGUGCGGGAGGAGGUGGUCCGCCGGCUCCUGGCCGCCGAGCAUCAUGCCAAGUUCGGGUACAGUGCCGGCAGUGCCAUAGACACAGAGGCGGUGGUAGCGAUGGCCUUCACCUGCCUGGAGCAGGAGCGGCUGGUGGGGUCCACGCUGGCGGCGGAGCUGCGGGCAGCGGUGCACGGGGCAAAGAAGAGGAUGGUGGAGGCACAGGGCGAGGAUGGCUUCUUUGGCAACGUCUACAGCACCCCCUGGGCCAUGCAGCUCUUCAUCGCCACCAACUCCUGCGAGGCGCAGGCUCCGUACGGCCGGGCCAUGGCUGCGCUGCUGCAGCACGUGGAUGCCUUCAGCACCGCCGCCACGCUGGCCCAGGCACUGCCAGUGCUGCACGGCCGCUCCUACCUGGACAUCGCCUCCAUGCGCUGCGAGGAGGAGCUGGACACUCUGACGCCCGCCAGCCCCGAGCCGCUGUCGGAGCUGCUGGGGAACAAGACGGUGCGGCUGGUGGUGGAGUGUCCUCUGCCACCGUGUCCCCAGCGCUGGCUCUACGACCACUCAGUGCUUGUACCCGCUGGUGCCACCCUCCUGGAUGUGCUCAGGGCGGCCACAGAGCAGGGACCCCCGGACUUCACGUUUGACACCCGGGACACCCCCCAGGGCCCCUACCUGAGCGGGGUGCUGGGGCUGGAGGCGCAGCAGCAGAAGCGCACGUACUGGCAGCUCCUCACUGCGCCCAGCACCAGCCUGCAGAUGGGUAUUGGUGACUACAGACCCAGCGAUGGGGAGACCCUCAUCCUGCGCCUCACUGAGUGGUAGAGGAUGGGGGUGAUGGCAAUGAACCGCCUGCCCAGGCACAGA